AUGGAUGAUACCAGCCAAGAAUUUCAAGCGCUCUUCAGCGAGAUGUCUGAUUUCGUGACAGACUGCAUGUCAGGACACGACCCAUCGCAUAACCCAGCACACGUCCACAGAGUGGGAGCGCUCGCCAACAAGAUCCUGGAAGCAGAGCGGGCACUGCACCCGACAACUCAAUACAACGGGGCUGUUGUCAAACUCGCAGCGCUGUUGCAUGACAUCGGUGACAGAAAGUACCUAUCCAAGAUGGAUUCAGGCGAAGAACUCGACCCAACGACGAUGGUGCAGCAUGCACUCCUUGCGCGGGGUGCGACGCCAGAGCUCGCAUCCCGAGUGCAGACGAUCGUGUCACAUGUUUCUUAUACGACUGAAUGCAAGGAUCCGGCGUUGAUUCGGAGGAUGGUCGAUGAGGAUGGGUUUGUCGAGCUUGGGAUUGUCCAGGACGCCGAUCGACUUGAUGCUAUCGGGGCUAUUGGAAUUGGCAGAUGUUUCACCUUCCUUGGAGCUGUAGGGAAGAAGUAUUGCGUUGAUGGGAAAUGGGAAAUGGAUAAUUCCAUUGAGCAUUUUGGGGACAAGUUGGUUAGGCUGGAGGGUAUGAUGAAGACGGCUACAGGGAGGGAGAUGGCUAGGGUACGGACGGAGAGGUUGAAUGUCUUUGCGGGGUGGUGGGAGGAGGAGAUGAGCCUCGUUUCUGGUUCUAAUUAA